GAUCAGCAGAUUUAAAAUUAAUUUUUACUGGCCCAAUUUAUUUUCCGAAAAAAAAAAUUUUUUUUUUAAAGCGAGAAAAUGACAUCAACUACAGAGACAAAUAAAUUUAUUGAACAAGAACUUUCUAACGUACUUAAAGAAUAUGAAUACGGUGUUACACCAAAUUCAAUAGAAAUAUUACCUACAAGAAGUUUGAAUUCAGAUGCUCAUCAAUCUUCUAUAUUUAAACUGACUUUACUUGAAAAUGUUAAAUUAAUAAUUACAAUCGCUGAGGAAGGGUAUAUUAUCACUGAAGUCGAUCCAUUAGGCACUAAUUUUAAUAAAGAAGACUUGGAAUGUGCAAAAAAAUGGAUUAAUAAACCUUUUGAAACUAUGGAAGCUUUAUUAUUAGCUGCCUCUCCAAAAUUUGGUGAACAAUUUCAUCAAGCUUUGCAUUCUAAAUUAUCAAAUUUACAACAAUCUCAACAAGAUUAAUUAAAAAAUUAAAUUUUUUGCAAUUUAUAAUUUUCAUCUAUAUUGCAUUUUGAAAACGUAAAGGGAAAAAAA